CCGUAACUUGAGACAUCGAGGCUCCUUCCUUCCAUGGUUCUCUUCGCUGAGCCUCUGAAGUCCAGGCCUUUGGGGGUGGGACUAAAGGCAAAUAGAACUUUGCACUUCCACAUUCCAGCUUCUGUUAUUCUACUUCUAAACACUGCUGUGAACCUGGCUUUACCUUAAGGAGACGGAGAGUAUUUGCUGAAGGACAUUUCCAGGCAACUUCAUCUUCCUGGGAACCCAGAGAGAACAUAGCACAGUGCGUAGCAUAAUAUAAGUACACAAAAAAUGUUCGUUGAAUGAGUGAACGAAUCAUUUCAUCGUGGGACACGAGAUUUCCGUUUCUAAAGGUUUUUCAAAGAACAGCUCAUGCUGCAGGUUAGCAGGAGACCAAAUCCAAAGGCACACCUUCAGAAAUGUGUCAAAGUGGAAGUGCAACACAGCAGUGAAUGAGGAGGGAAGGGAGAACACGAAAGGACAAGCACUGUCGCUUGGAAGGGCAGGAAUAGCCAGUCAGAACUGUAUCUGUGAAGAGGAUGAUUAUGGAUUCUGGAGAACACGUGAGUUAAACAUAGCUACACUUUGAUCAGAACUUGAGAUAUUUGCCUCAUUUCCUGAUUUUGAAUAAUGGUCUCUUGGAAGCACUGUCUUUUUAGUGUCUCUCUUAUCACUGUCCUGGUUCUUGUAUUUGUUUACAAUAAUGAGUUAUGGGAGAGUAAACAGUUUCUGAGGGCGUCUCUGUCCAAUGCUUCACUGUUAGCAGAAGUCUGUCAUCAGAUUUUCAACGGAAAGGUUUUUUACUCAACAGAGAAUGCAUUGAAAACCACCCUCAGUGACUCUACCUGUUAUGACUACGUGGCUCAGAGUCACUAUAUAACAGAAACACUGUCUGAAGAAGAGGCAGGCUUCCCUUUGGCUUACGCAGUGACCAUCCACAAAGACUUUGGCACUUUUGAGAGACUCUUCAGGGCAAUUUACAUGCCUCAGAAUGUCUAUUGUGUUCAUGUGGAUGAAAAGGCGACAGAUACAUUUAAAGAUGCGGUGCAGCAACUACUGAGCUGCUUCCCCAAUGCUUUCCUGGCCUCCAAGAUGGAGCCAGUUGUGUACGGCGGGAUUUCCAGGCUCCAGGCGGACCUGAACUGCAUCAAAGACCUCGCGGCCUCGGAGGUGCCAUGGAAAUACGCCAUCAACACCUGUGGGCAGGAUUUCCCCCUGAAAACCAACAAGGAAAUAGUUCAGUAUCUGAAAGGAUUUAAAGGAAAAAACAUUACCCCAGGAGUGCUGCCCCCAGCUCAUGCCAUUGGACGGACUAAGUAUGUCCACCGAGAACUAUUAAGCAAAAAAUAUUCCUACGUGCAUAAAACAACAAAUUUAAAAACUCUGCCUCCACACAACAUGACCAUUUACUUUGGCACUGCCUACGUGGCCCUCACAAGGGAAUUUGCUAACUUCGUUCUCCAACACCAGCUCGCACUUGACUUACUUUCCUGGUCCAAGGACACCUACAGCCCUGACGAACAUUUCUGGGUGACACUCAAUAGGAUUCCUGAUGUCCCUGGCUCCAUGCCAAAUGCAUCAUGGACCGGUAACCUCAGAGCUGUGAAGUGGAUUGACAUGGAAGAUAAACAUGGAGGCUGCCAUGGCCACUACGUACAUGGCAUUUGUAUCUAUGGAAAUGGUGACUUAAAGUGGUUGAUUAAUUCGCCAAGCCUCUUUGCCAACAAGUUUGAGCUUACUACAUACCCCCUGACUGUGGAAUGCCUAGAACUGAGGCUUCGAGAAAGGACCCUAAAUCAGAGUGAAACUGCCAUACAGCCCAGCUGGUAUUUUUGAUCGCCUACAACUCAGGAUUGAAGGGGAAUUGCAGUUGGGAAGGAGAGCCCUUCUUUGUGAGAGAAUUUUGCCUUGGUUAUAGUAACAGUUUCGGGACGAAGGUUAUGCUUCAGGACCUGGCUACGUUAUGCUGUGUUACGACAUCCACUGGACACUGUGAAAUAUGCUCACAGGAUGGCUGCACAGAGCCAUCCUGGAACUUUGGCCACCCCGGUGGUCCCCUCUGUAUCAAUCUAUUGUUCUGAUCAAUGAUAAAUUUAGCUGCCGUCAGAUCUUAACACCAGAUACUCAUCAUAUAUAGAUGUUCUAAUGAAAAGGAAAAUUGUAGAUAAUUCUAUUUAGGAAAUUAAGAACUGGGUUUUUUGAAGAAGGAACCAUUUAUAACAGAUCUAUAGCCACGUAUAAAUGGGUACCAGUCCUCUUUGCUCAACCACACAUAGGCAUAGAAACAGCUUUCUGAGUAAUUCACCAAUCUCCUUUAGAACUUGAGCAACUAGAAUUGAGGACUAGAUCUCGUUCCUGAGUUUCAACACUAACAUUUUCAGUUUACUGUGUCUAAAGUUCUGUACAGAAUCUGAAGUCCUUAACAGGUGACAGGAUGUGCUCUCAGAUAUCAGUCACUGCCUGCUGUUUCAGUAAAAGGACCCCAGGGAAACAGAACAUUUCUCGACUAUGUGUCAUAAUGUGCUCUGAUCCUCCUUCUGUCGUUUCAUUGAGAGGACUGAAAAGUUCUCUCAGAAUGAAGAUAUUCCUAGAAGAAAGGUGCUAUUGCGUGGAUGUAGUCUCAAGUCUCUAACACCUCAGAAUGAAUCACUUUCCUCUUCGGUCACCGCCCUCCACCCCCACCAAACUUAUCUUACUUGCAAAAUGGAGCCCAAGUUCUAUCCUGUGAGGCUUUCACAGCUCCGUAGUAUUCUCUGAGUAACCCUACAAUGCCUGGUGCUGAUCAGAAUGUCUAGACUUUUAAGAGCUUUCAAUUGUGGCUGAGCCUCUCUGUCAGUUAUCCCUUGUCUGCUCACUCAUCCAAUUCAUUCAUUCAGCAUGCAGUUAAUAAAUAUUUCUUGAGUGUCUGUUAUACACCAGACACGUGCUGAGAUAAGCAGGAAAAGUAGCAUGGAAGCUAUUUCACUCUACAUAUCUUGGUAAUAAUGUUAACGGAAAGGCCGCUCUAAGAGAGUCUUACAGAGUGGCUGUAUUUUAAUCUAUUCAUCUGCAGGGUUGUAGAUUGUGAUAUUGGGCCAAGGAUAGCAGUAAUUACAAGUCAAGGUUUAAAUCAGAGAUUAUUUAAAAGAGGAAAGGGAAGGAGGAGACAGAAGCUAAAGCCUACUGUGUUCUAGGCAUUCUGCGGGCUCCUUUAUAUGUCUCCUUGCAUUCAAACCUCACAACUCUCUUGGGAGGUUCACAGGAUAACCCCCGUUUUGCAGAUGAAUUAAGUGAGGCUGAGAGAGGUUGAUAAUAAGCAUAGGAAACAAGUUCUCUGUCUGAGAAUUUGGAUUCUCUUACUGGUCUUCUUAGUUCAUUUCCUGAGGUGGACUAUUUAGAGAAGAUGAAAUAAAGCCAUAUUUAGUAUACCAGAGGAGGUAGGUUUGAAGAAUGUUCUCAGUGUUAAUAUUGGGAAAAAGUCCUGUCACCUCAGAAAAUGUGAAGUCUACUUUUGUAUUCCUCUAAUUCAUUGAGUUCCUUAAUAUUUAUUUAUUCUAAUGAAAAGCAGUUACUACAACUAAUGAUACAUUUAAUCAACACGAUUUUUUUUCUGUAAUUGUGCCUGUUGAAUGUUAAUCAUAUUUAAAGGGAAUGACUUUGAAGUAAAUCCUUCUUUUUCUUGCUACUGAAAAAGAUGGAACCGUAUUGGCGGGUAAAGGGUUGAGGGGUGGGGAACACAUCUAGAGCUAACAGCAUAGUCUAAAAAUCAUCUUUUUCCAAAUUAUUUAAAUGACACCACCUGAAAAGAGGAAAUGGUUUACACUGGAUCUUUCUCAUGUAGAACUAGAAAUCUUUUGGAAUAGAAGAUGUUUACAUGUCUGUUGGUGGUCAUCUCUCCUCUGUCUCAAAUACUGUAAUAUUGGAAGAGCGUAGUGUUUGGGCUAACGGGUUUCUGCUAGCCCAUGGGGAUGCCCUGAAACUACUGAAUCUGUCUUUGUCUUUGAUGAUGUUCUAUGUUGUUUUCUUGGAAAUAAACUAAUAUAUUGUUUUCCA